UUAAAUGACCACACACCCACAAUAUACCCCCCUCUCCAUGAUGGCUUACGUUAUACUGUCAAGCACUCGAAUAGUCGAGCGCUGUCCUCUGACAGCUCUUGUUAUGUCCCCCAGUAUGUCUGUUGGUUUGUUUGUUGGUUUGUUGGUUUGAAUCAAACUUUAACAUUUACCAUAACUUUUGCAAUAUUGAAGAUGGCCACUUCAUAUUAGGCAUGCAUGUGUAUACAUGCUUACAACAUGUAAAGGCUAUUUAUUUAAACACACUUUAAGUGGCUAUAUUUUUAGCUCAUCUGAUUGCUCAGGUGAGCUUUUGUGACCGGUCUUUGUCCGUCGUCUGUCCGUCCGUUCACAUUUGUUCGUAAACACUCUAGAGGCCACAUUUAUUGUCCGAUCUUCAUGAAACUUGGUCAGAAGCUUUGUCCCAAUGAAAUCUCGGUCGAGUUCGAAACUGGGCCGUGCCGGGUCAAAAACUAGGUCACUAGGUCAAAGAAAGAAAAAACUUGUAAACACUGUAGAAGUCACAGUUCAUGCCCAAUCUUCAUGUUACUUUGUCCAAAUGUUUGUCUUAAUGAUAUGUUGGUUGAGUUUAAAAGUGGUUCCGAUCCGUUGAAAAACAUGGCCACCAGUGGGCGGGGCAGUUUUCCUUAUUUGGCUAUAGAGAAACCUUGUAAACACUCUAGAAGUCACAAUGUUUGCCCAAUCAUCAUGAAAGUUGGUCAAAUAAUUGGUUUUAUUGAUAUCUCGGACGAGUUCGAAAAUGGUCUAAAUUGGUGAAAAAACAUGGGCGGGACAUUUUUAUGCCCACCGGAUCAAACGAUCGGGGCUAUAUUGUUUUUGGCUUGUCUGUCAUUGUAUGUGUGUGUGUGUCCCAAAAUUUUAACCAAAACUUUAACCUUGGCCAUUACUUUUGCAAUAUUCAAGAUAGCAACUUGAUAUUUGGCAUGCAUGUGUAUCUCAUGGAGCUGCACAUUUUGAGUGGUGAAAGGUCAAGGUCAUCCUUCAAGGUCAAAGGUCAAAAAAACAAAUUCAAAAACUUUAACCAAAACUUAAACCUUCUUCAUAACUUUUGCAAUAUUGAAGAUAGCAACUUGAUAUUUGGCAUGCAUGUGUAUCUCAUGGAGCUGCAAAUUUUGAGUGGUGAAAGGUCAAGGUCAUCCUUCAAGGUCAAAUAUAUGACUUCAAAGCGGCGCAAUAGGGGGCAUUGCAGGUGGGUUUUUUUGGCCCGAUUUUAUAGCCGAAAUUCGGCUACGUUCCCAAUCCCAAAAAGUAUACUUUUUCCCAAAAUGUGGCAAAAAAUUCCCAAUUGCCAAAAAAAAAAAUUAUUUUUUUAAAGAAGUCUUUUGUGUAUUUUAUCUUAAUUUUAAUUCAAUUACAUCUAACAAAGUAUUAUAUGAUUUUUUUCUUUUAAUUUGAAUAAUUAUAAAGAGUUAAAUCAAAUUUAGUAUUUCUCUAAUCAGUGGGCUUUUCGUGUGGAAAAAAAGGCUAAUGAAUUUAUUUUCCCAAUUUCAUGAAAAUGCCGAUAAAAUUCCCAAUUCCAAAGCCAUGGGCUAUCUUCCCAAAAAGUGGGGGGAAAAAACCUGCAUUGUGUUUCUGACAAACACAUCUCUUGUUCUCUAUAUGUAUUUAGUGAAAACAUGCGAACAUAUUAGAAGUCACAUUUUUGGCCCAAUUUAUUUGAAAUUUUGUCAGAACAUUUGUUUCCUUUAUAUGAGAGUUGAGUUCGAAAAUGGUUCCGGUCAGUUGAAUAACAUGGCUGCGGGGGGGGGGGGGAUUUUCUUAUAUUGAUAUAGUAAAAAAAGCUUGUGAACACUCUAGAAGUCACAUUUUUUGCCCAAUCAUCAUGAAAUUUGAUGAUAAGAUUUGUUUUAUAUAUAUCUCAGAUUAGUUCGCAAAUGGUCCCGAUCGGUCAAUAAACAUGGCUGCCAGGGGGUGGGGCAGUUUUCCUUAUGUGACUAGAGAGAAACCUUGUUAUCGAAUACUAUAUAAGUCACAUUUUUGCCUAAUCAUCGUGAAACUUAGUCAAUGCAUUGGUUUUAUUGAUUUUUCGGACAAGUUGGAAAAUGGCUCAGAUCGGUGAAACACACUUUUUAGCUCACCUGAUUGCUCAGGUGAGGUUUUAGGAUUGGUCUUUGUCCGCCGUACGCCUGUCCACAUUUGGUUUGUAAACACUAAAGCAUUCACAUUUCUCAAGCAUUCUUUAUCAAAGUUGCUGAAAGGUCUCAGUCAAAUUUGAUAAUGAGCAAAAUCACAUAAUUAAUGCCAUAAUUAUUGCCCUUAAAUUGUCCAAAUUUUCAUUAUAUUAUACAAAAUCCUUGUAAACACUCUAGAGGUCACAAUUUUGUUUCAGAUUUUAUGAAUCUUGGUCAUAAUAUUUAUUUUUGUAAGCAAAGUUUGAUGUUUGAUAAGGGGGGUCAACUCAAAAUAUAGGUCACCAGGUCAAAUCUUACAAAAACAAAAACACUCCAUACGCCAGAGUUUUGGUUCAAUAAUGAUGAAACUUGACUAGGAUGUUUGUCUGGUCAAUAUCUAGGUCAAGUUUGACGUUUGGUAAAGAUUGAAUUAACCGACUCCUCUCAGGUGAGCGAACUAGGGCCAUCUUGGCCCUCUUGUUUUAAUGUUGCAGUGUAGUCUGAUUGUACGUUGAAUAGUAUAGUUGUAUUAUAUGAUUUAAACUAAGUAAACACUAUUUAUAUAUUAACAUUUGUAUGUGUGUGCAUAGUUGAAGUAUUGUAGUGAUGUGGGGAUUGUAAAAGGAGAUUUUUGUCGGAUUCUUAAAAAGGAGAGUGAUACUUCUCCGGAUGGUUUCUGUCCGGAUACCAUAUUGGCUCUGAUGUCCGAAUUGUCCGAGGCAUGAAUUCCCCAUCAGGAAGCGUUAUUUAUUUAUUUUGUUCACAUUCCAGUACAGCUAUAACUGGUUCUUGCCAGGAACUGACUAGAAAGUGCCUCAGUUAGCCUAUUUAAGACUUUCAAUCCAAGCAAGCUUUAACAUACUUUGAAACUACGAGACUCCUAAGCUACCGCCCCUGUUGCCUAGGUGACCUGUUGACGCAUCUGGUGCCGUCCCCUGACUACAAGCUGCUGACGGUGAAAAGCAUCCCACAGAUGUCGGACAGCUCCAAGGACUUUAGCUCCUUCAACUGGCCCGGGCUCGUCAAACACCUGCGACAGAUGCUCAUUGCAAACGCAGCAAUGGAAGAAGGCAUUGACUGGCAGGUAAAGCUGGAAGACAGUCGACGCUCCCUGGCCAAUACCCUGAUACUCCGAGGCAAGGAUCUGGCGGGGGCGGACACUGGCCCCUUCUCGGAGCCCCGCCUGUACCCGCCCUGGGUCCCGGAAGACUGCAGGCUAGCCGUCUACACGCAGCCACGCAUGUUUAACAACUACGAGAAGUGCGCUACGCUUAUUAGUAACAAUAAGGCGCCCAUUUACUCGCUGGACUCAGUGAUAGCGAAGGCUUGGAAUAUGUUUUCGUCACGCGCGUACACGCACCUCUAUGUGAAACACGGUCUCACCGAGGAAGACUUUGUGGAUAGUUUUGUCACUCUUGAACAGGUUGUGAUGAGCUACAAAAAUGUAUGAAAUCAAGACUGUGUAGAUUAUGAUUUCCGGUAUGCGUGUUUUUUAUGUACGUUCAUUUGUAAGGAAAUACAAUUUAUUAAAAGUGUUAAAGCUUAAAAAACAUGUAACUUUACUUGCGCAGUAAACCCUAUAUGGGGAGUUGAAUUAUUUACAACACAACUUAGAUUUUCAUAUAAUAAGAAACAGUCAAACAGCUACAGAUCCUUUUAAGAUCUGAAAGAAUUGUGCAUGUGAAGACAGGGUCUGUCGGUUAACCGAACUGGGAAGUACCGGUAAACCCUACAAGAAGUUUUCUCAACUUUUUUCAAGGUCGUACGGGUUGGACUUGAGCCAACACGUUCCGGACCAACAGUUUUAAUGAGUUAAGUUCUGCAAAAUAAAGCAUCGAAAACAUAUGUGAAGACGUAUUGGCAUGCACACCACAAUUAUAAUUGUUCAAUGUUUUUCAAGGUUUUAAACACAUAUCUUUAUUUCGUUAAAAUGUAAAUGCACAUACAUGUAAAUAAAAAUCAUUUUAUA